AUGGGUUCUGUUGGACAAAGCUUUUCCCAGGAGCUUCCUGUGCGGGGCAAGACUGAUGCUUCGGUCUUUGGAAGCUCUAUGAAGAAGGAGUUUAUGUUUGACCCGGAAUGGAGGAAUCUCAACCACGGUUCUUUUGGUACAUAUCCAAAAGCUAUCAAGGAGAAAUUCCGCGAGUAUCAGGACGCAAGCGAGUCUCGUCCUGAUCCGUUCAUUCGCUAUGAAUACCCCAAGCUGCUCGACGAGAGUCGCGUUGCUGUCGCCAAACUUCUCAACGCCCCAGUGGAGGGUGUUGUUUUUGUCCCCAACGCUACCGUUGGUGUAAACACAGUUUUCCGGAACAUAAAAUGGAACGAUGACGGCAAGGACGUUAUCAUCAGCUUCUCAACCAUCUACGAAGCUUGCGGCAAGGUCGCAGACUAUCUUGUCGACUACUACGAUGGCAAUGUGACUCAUCGCGAGAUCGAGAUCACGUAUCCUCUCGACGACGAUGAGAUCCUCAAGAGGUUUGAAGACACUGUCAAGAAGAUCGAGUCUGAGGGAAAACGAGCCCGUAUCUGCACGUUUGAUGUUGUCUCUUCUCGUCCGGGGGUUGUCUUUCCUUGGGAGGAGAUGAUCAAGACCUGUCGCCGCCUUAAUGUUAUCAGCAUGGUCGAUGGUGCUCAGGGUGUUGGUAUGGUGAAGCUAGAUCUCACCGCCGCUGAUCCAGAUUUCUUCGUGUCGAACUGCCACAAAUGGCUUCAUGUCCCGCGCGGCUGCGCCGUCUUCUACGUGCCCCAGCGCAACCAGUCCCUUCUCCCCACGACACUGGCGACCAGCCACGGCUACCAACCCAAGCUGGUGAAGCGCACCACGCCACUACCCCCAAGCUCCAAGUCUGCCUUUGUCACGAAGUUCGAGUUCACCGGCACGCUGGACAACUCGCCCUACCUCUGCGUCAAGGACGCCAUCAAAUGGCGCGAGGAGGUCCUCGGCGGCGAAGAAGCCAUCCUGUCGUACCUCUGGGAUCUAAACAAGAAGGGCAGCGCCGCCGUGGCAAAGAAGCUCGGGACGACGUACAUGGAGAACAGCACGGGGACGAUGCGCAACUGCGGCAUGGCCAACAUUGCGCUGCCUAUCUGGAGCGUCCAGGGCCAGGGCGAGGAUGGAGAGGUUGUGAUCUCGCAGGAGGAGACACAGACGGCGUUCCAGUGGAUUUUAAACACGCUGAUCAGCGACUAUAAGACGUUUAUGUCACUGUUUCUGCACGGUGAGCGGUUCUGGAUCAGGAUUAGUGCGCAGGUGUAUCUGGACAUGGAGGAUUAUGAGUGGGCGGGGGAUGUUCUGAAGAAGAUUUGUGAGAGGGUAAAGGCGAAGGAGUAUCUCAAGUAG